AUGAUUACGGACAGCUUUGCACUGGCGGCCAUCGCGCACAUCGACCGCGAUCUGGAGCUGGGGCUCCAGAAAGUCUCGCUCUUGCCUGCAACCCGUGGGCCCGGGCCUAGCAACUACGAAACACUCCAGGCGAUCCAGGAUUGUUUGCUCGACGUGAAACAGGAAGUCGACAAAUUGAAAUCCGGGCUCCGCCAGAAAAGGCCAUCUACAACGGUCAACGUGCGUGCGCUGCUCGCCGCGGUACAACGGCUAGAGCGGGCGACCUCCGCGAACGGGGCUUCGUCACCAUCGGUCGCGUCACAACAAGAUCUGGUCCCACUGGUCCACGACGCCAUCACCCGCUAUGUGACUAUCUGUCUUUACUACAGCGUUGUGAGCACCUGCAUACGACAAUUGCCACAACUUCGCGAUACUCAACAGUAUUACUCGCAGGUGACCUCUUCCGUGCGUUGGUCUCUGCUAUACGGGGUCCAAGUACUGCCUGCGAAAACUUUGAGAUUCGCACAGGCCGUAAUCGAGGACUCCCGUGAUGGCGUCGCGAGGCCACUGGCGAAUGCGUCGCAAUGGGCCCUUAAAACGGUUCAUCAGUGGGACAAAUGGGCCAAGAUUCACACGUAUCAGCUCGUGGGUCUCUCGAAAAGCCCUAAUACAUUGAAUGGGUCCGUUUGGGAGCUGCCGUUUGCUGCAAUUCGUAAAGAGUCCAGUUCCAAGAGCCAAACUGCAAGGGAAGAAUUCGAAAUUUGCACUGCAAGACUAGGUCGUCUUGUGAGUGCGUUUCCGCACGCAACUAGUGCUGACGAUGCGAAAAACUUGAUCGCGGAGUUUCUUGACGUGCCGGAGGGCGAAUAUCAUUCAUUGUCAAGCUUAGUACGUGCGGCGUUGGCUUUUUGCCCCGCUUCUGCCGUUGAGACCCCUUCACUUCUCACCAGGUAUUGGCCCACACUGUUGAGUUCUUUAGUCUUUGGUCCCACUCUCAUCAUAACCGCAUGGCAAUCUCGCUACAAGCUUGCGACCUUGCUGAAAGAAAACCUGUUCGAUUUUGGCGUGGGUCUUGUCAAAAACUGGAUUUGGGUUCCUUUGCAGCAAGUUUGGAGCACGGUGAGACAUGACGAGUCUGAGUCUACCAUAGCCGUCAUGUCAAAGGGUUCGCUCGACACCGAACUGAGCUCCUUGACACGCAUGGUCGUACAGGCCGUUGUCGACAACUCACAUUCCAGCGUAGACGUCGAUCUGCUCACCAGAAAUGUUGAACAAGGCGACCUUACCGAGUUUAUGCAGAUAUAUGAAACUCAAUUGCAUCACCCGAUCAAAAACAUCGCGACCGGCGGCCUGGUCCGAUCUCUACUAAUACAGUUGCAAAAGACUAAAGUGGACGGUUCUCUCGCUUUGAAUGGGAUUGACAAAUUGCUUCAGUCUCAACAACUGGUUUUUGGAGUCGUGGCUUUAUCUCCUGCUUUGUUAAUUGUAUACUGCGUUUGGACAUGCACUUACAGACUGGCUAAAUUGGGCCGAAUUUGGUCCAAUGUGGCUACUUUCAAACUCAAGCUUUCCGCUAGUUUGAACAACAUCGAACGACUUUUGAACUGCGGCGACUCGGUACGUGAUGAUCACGAUAGCGAUCUCAAUGCGGGUCUUCUCGCCUUGGAAAUUUCAUCUGCACAUACAUACGGUGAGAAGCUCGUGCCAAGAAGUCGACAAACGGAAUGGUAUAGAGACGUGGACGACUUAGUAAGCGCAGAACUAUCAAACACUGCGAAGCUUAACGUGGUUAAUCGCCUCUAUCAUGUUUAUGCCCCAUAUUUUUAA